UGGCAACACUGCGGAAACGGAAAAGUAUUUUUAGUGAACACAAUUUUGUGUGAGGUUUCUCAAGCCGUGCUUUUCUUGUUAAAUUGUGGUUUGUUGAUUAGUUUUUUGAUUUAGUUAACUAAUUUAAUUUAAUUAUAAUGGCUGAUGCUCAGACUGCUCCUAAGGCUAAAAAGCCAACAACUCCAGUUUCCAAAGGAAUUGAAAAGAUUCCCACCAUCCCCGAAUCUUUGCUUAAAAAGAGGAAACGCAUUGCAAAGCUUAAAGCCAGAGCUAUUUCAAAUGUUUUGAAGAGAAGACAGCUUUUCAAAAAGAAGAAGGCAGACAUCUUCAAGCGUGCCGAAAAAUAUGUUAAGGAAUACAGGUUAGCUGAACGUGAUAUGGUCCGUUUGAAGAAACAAGCUAAGACCCACGGAAAUUACUAUGUUGCUCCUGAACCUAAAUUGGCUUUGGUUAUUCGAAUCAGAGGAGUCAACGGUUUAAGUCCCAAACCACGAAAGGUUCUUCAGUUACUCCGUCUUAGACAAAUUAACAAUGCUACAUUUGUUAAAUUGAACAAGGCAUCUUUGAAUAUGCUUCGAAUUGCCGAACCAUACAUCACCUGGGGUUAUCCUAAUUUGAAGACAAUACGUGAACUUGUCUACAAACGUGGUUUUGCUCGUUUGGAUCGCAAAAGAACCCCUCUUAUCGAUAACAGAAUUAUCGAACGUCGUUUGGGUAAAGGAGGUAUCAUCUGUAUGGAGGAUUUAAUUCAUGAACUUUAUACAGUUGGUCCCAACUUCAAAAAAGCCAAUAACUUCUUGUGGCACUUUAAAUUGAAUAACCCUAAAGGAGGAUGGCGUAAAAAGGUUACACAUUACGUCGAAGGGGGUGACUUUGGUAAUAGAGAAGAUAAAAUCAACGAACUUGUAAGACGAAUGAUUUAAUUUGGAUGAGUAAUAAGUUUAAAAUAAAAGCCGUUUUGUCAAUAUUUACGAUAA